AUGGUGUGCAUGGCCGACUCCGAUUUGGCCGCGGGUGAAAGUAUUUUGGGUGCAAUUAUCGCCGCUAAUUUCGAAGAAUACAAGGAGUCGCGUUCUCAGUUACGUGAUGUAUUUGAGAAUGACCCCAGAUUCAGGCAUCAUCGUCAGCCCUCCACGCCUCCACCUCCACCAUCACAGAGUCCGCCACCCCCGCCGCCUGCCUCGGCAAAGUCUUCACAUCCUCUACCCGCGAGGCCACCACUGGGCUCAAAGAAGCCUCAGGAACAAAAGGAGAAAUCAAGCAAGAAGGACAGGAUCAGCAAAAACCAAAAGAAAAAGCAAGCAUCGCAGGAUCGCUCCGUUCGUCUGAGGCGGCUCCGUCCUGAUAUCAAAAAGAUACCGGCUUCUAUCAGUAACGAAGAAGCAAUUGCGUUGGGUGGCUACAGCACACAGUCUGAGAUGGACAAAGACUUGCUCAUGCGUGAGAAGGGACUAUCCGUUACUAGCUGA